UCGCUCCUUCCGGUGUCCUUCCCGGCGGGGGUGGCGGCGGGGCGGCCAUGGCGCAGAACCUGAAGGACCUGGCGGGGCGGCUGCCGACCGGGCCCCGCGGCGUCGGCACAGCGCUUAAGCUGCUGCUGGGCGCCGGUGCCCUAGCCUACGGCGUGCGAGAGUCCGUCUUCAUUGUGGAGGGCGGCCAGCGCGCCAUCUUCUUCAACCGCAUCGGCGGCGUGCAGCAGGACACCAUCCUGGCCGAGGGGCUGCACUUCAGGAUCCCCUGGUUCCAGUAUCCCAUCAUCUACGACAUCCGAGCACGGCCGCGGAAAAUCUCCUCCCCCACUGGUUCCAAAGACCUGCAGAUGGUGAACAUCUCGCUGCGGGUGCUGACGCGGCCCAACGCGGCCGAGCUGCCCAGCAUGUACCAGCGCCUGGGGCUGGACUACGAGGAGCGGGUGCUGCCCUCCAUCGUCAACGAGGUGCUCAAGAGCGUCGUGGCCAAGUUCAACGCCUCGCAGCUCAUCACGCAGAGGGCCCAGGUGUCUCUGCUCAUUAGGAGAGAGCUGACAGAGAGAGCCAAGGAUUUCAGCCUCAUCCUGGAUGAUGUGGCUAUCACAGAGCUCAGUUUCAGUCGUGAAUACACAGCUGCUGUGGAGGCUAAGCAAGUGGCCCAGCAGGAGGCACAGCGUGCCCAGUUCCUGGUGGAGAAGGCCAAGCAGGAGCAGAAGCAGAAGAUAGUUCAGGCCGAGGGGGAAGCAACAGCUGCCAAGAUGCUCGGGGAAGCUCUCAGCAGGAAUCCAGGCUACAUCAAGCUACGUAAGAUCCGAGCUGCUCAAAACAUCUCAAAAACGAUUGCUGCCUCACAAAACCGUGUGUAUCUCACAGCAGAUAACUUGGUACUGAACCUGCAGGAUGAGGCCUUCACCAGAGGAAGGUAAGGCACUGCAUGUUUUGAUCCUUUUGUUAGUGCUGGAACCAGGGUGUUCUGUUUCCUGGUGUCUGGCAUGUUUCUGGCCUGGGCCAUUUUGGCCCCAGCAAGUUUAUUCCAGUCUCUACCUCAGUUCCCAUUUGUGAUGUGGAGCUUGAAGCUUUCUUUGCAGGGAACCACACAAACCUGUACAUGGAGUGUGCAGUAAUUGGAGUUCCACGUGUGCCUCUUAAGGAGCCUUGCACGGGAAAGGCAGCAGUAACUGUGGAGCCUUCUCUGAGCUAUCACAUGUGCAGGGCAUCCUGUGGUUAUGGCAGACAGGGCUGUGAGGAGGCAGGCAGAUGAUCUUGGGAAUUUGUGGGGAUUUGGGCUGAUGAUCUCUAGGGAAGAUGCUUUUGUUAUUGUCCAAAAGUUUUCCAGUUCAUGUGAGAACACACCAUUUCCUGCUUUCAAAGCUGUCAGGAGUUUGGUGGCUUUGCCUAAUCUGUCCAGUGUUUACUGAAAAAAACAGUGCCAACUGAGCUAACAGGAUGCAACUAAAAGCUUGGAUUUCUCAGAACUGAGAAGGGAAACCAGAGUCGGUUUCUUUUCUCUGGGAUCUUUGUUUAUAACAUCCUUCUUCCUCACUUCUGACCAGAUUCUGUUAUAUUUGUUCCAGAAGAUUUAAAGGGGCUUUGGGGAAAAAAAAAAACAAAAAACACUUGCCUGAGAGGAAGGACUUGGAAGUCCAGAUCCUUUGGGUGUGACCCAUACUUCAGAAUCCAUACUGAGGAGCUGGGAGAGCUUUGCUUGUACUUUCUGGUGACUGGUACUGACGACUCCCUUCUAUCUCCCUUUCAGUGACAGUCUCCUACUCAAAGGAAAGAAAUGAAAGAAGCUGAAGAUUCCUAGAACCAGCGUCGCUGACCAGCAGAAGAUAAGAGUGAGGAUCUUUGAACUCCCUCCACUAGUAUUGUUUGUCCUCACUUUGAAGUUUUUAAUCCAGUAGCCAGAUUUUGUCCCCAUGCCUCUGCUCCAUCUGUGGUGAUUCAGUUACAGGAAUGGGCUCUGCCUCUAGGCAGCUGUAAUUCCUUCCUCAUCCCACCAGUUGAAUUUGGAGAGGGGGCAAAGGGGCUUACUGGUAUUAACCCACGUGGAUAUUUUCCUCUAAUCUUCAUUAAUAUUUAGAUUUAUGUAGGAUAUCAAAUUAUUUUUGGCCAAGUGAGGGAGUUCUUCUGCCAUCAGCACCAGGCUUUUUUUCUAGUAAAUUUUCUUUCUCUUUCACUCUUGAUCCCAAGAGAACCUGGGACUGAAUUCAGGACAAUGCCAUUCAUUGGGUGCCUGUCACUGCUGGAAUAUUUUACUUGUGUCACUGUCUGCUCAGUGAUGCUUUCAGAUAUUUGUAAAAAUUAAAAAAAAAACCCAAACAAAUUUUUAUUGUGUCUAAGUGUGCUUAGUACAUGGAAAAAAAAAAAGUGGUUAUUUUAUGUAGUGUGAGGUGGAACAGAGAUUUUAUUUGGUUGAAAUUAGAAUGAGGAUGAUGAAGGGAAAGGAAGAAAAUAAAGAAAUACACUCGUGGUCUCUGGCAGAUCAUCACAGUGUGGGGAGAGAGGAGAGAUGUUUGGAUCCUCAUACAGCUGGGUGACCAGGACUGGUUCCUUAGCUGCCUGUGAGGGCUGCAGAUGAGGGUAGGUUUACCUGCUUUUCCAGGUCACAGAAGCAUCUCUAUGCUGUGUCCUGGCCCUGGCCUCCAUUGUUACACCUUGGGCUUUUUUUCCCUCUCUGCUUUCCUAGCUGAAAAGAGGAGGAGAAAUCUUCCUCCACUGACUAAACUCUCCUUUGCUUGUGUUUCAACAGCAAGAUCUUGUGUUCUCUAGGGGGAACUUCUUUGCUGUUCUCUAGGCUGCCCUAUACUAAGAUUUAGGGCUUUGAGGUUAUCACAGCAUCAUAGAAUCACAGAAUGUCCUGAGUUGGAAGGAACUCACAAGGAUCAAGUCUGGGGCAGCCUAGAAGUUAAACUUUAGGUGAGAGCAUUGUCUAAACACAUCUUGAACAGAGACAGACUCACAGUCAUGACUGCUCCCUUGGGGAGCUUGGCCACCCUGUAAAUUACCCUUUUUUCUGAUAUCCAACCUGAACUUCCCCCUGAGCAGCUUUAAGCCAUUCCUUGUGUCCUGUUGCUUGACACCAAAGAAAAGAGAUCAGCACCCCACUUCUGCUGUCCCUGAUGAGGAGCUAUUAGGUCAGCCCUUGUCUUCUCCAAGCUGAAUUGACUUUGUAUCCUCAGCUGCUUCUUCUAAGUCACACAUUUCCUUGCUGUCUUUGUUGCCCUCCUUUGGACACAUUAUAAUAUUUUUAUAUUCUCCUUGUAUUGUGGAGCACAAAGCUGCACACAGCGAUGGUGAGGCUGGAGCUGAGUGCAGUGGGACCCUCACUUCUCUGACCAGUUAACUAUUCUGUGCCUAGCACACCCCAGCAUAACACACCUGGCAGGGCCUGCCAUCACUCAGAAUGCCCAGAGCCUCUUCUGCAGGGCUGUACUUCAGUCUCAUCCUUCAGUCUGUAUUCACAUCCAGGAUUGUAGCAUUCUGGGUGCACAAUCUGGCCUUUACUCUUGUUCAGUUUUGUGUGGAUGAAAUUGUGUACACGUUUGGCUGUGUGCUGAACACUGUCCAGGGGGAUAUGGUGACGCUAUCAAAAGCUUUGCCAAACCAAAAAAACCCCACAUCUGCCUUCCCUUUGACUACUAAGUGGGUAGCCUUGUUGUGAAAGGUUAUUAAAUUUGUAAGGCAUGACUUUCCCUUCAAGAACUCACAUAUACUUUCAUCCACAACUGUGUUGUCUUGCAAGUCUUUCUCUUGAUAGCUUCCAGACUAAUUUUCUCCACAGUUUUAUCAGGCACCAAAGUGAAACUGAUUGACCUGUAAUUACCAAGAUCUUCUUUCUUGCCCUUCUUUAAAACUGAGACAUUUGCCAGUCUCCAUGUCAACUUAUACAGAUUCCCAAGGCUGUUGAUUAAUAACUGAGAGAGGUCUCACAGUUACAUUGUCUGUUCAAUACCCUGGGAGGAAUCCCACUGGGCCCUAUAGACUUAGGUGCAUUCAGCUGCAGCAGCAAAUCCCAUACAACUUCCAAGUCAGCUGGGAGUUCAUCAUUCCCCCAGCCAUGGCCAUCCAACCCAGGGCUCCAGACACCCAGUGUCAGAGGAAGAAGCAAAGGCAGCAUUAAAUGUCUCUGCUUUAUCACUGUUUGGUGAUGAGAUGACCCACCUCAUCAAGUGACAGCCCAGUGUUUCCUGUAGUCUUCCUUCUGCUGUUAACAUACUUAAAAAUGCCUAUUUUUACCCAUCAUAGUACCGGCCAGCUUCAACUUGAGCUUGGGCUUUUUUUUCUCUAGAGGGGCAAGGAGCAUGUCUGUCCCCCUGCAUAAUCUGUCCUUUCCAAAGUCCAUACACUUUCUGCUAAGUUGCAGAAGGAGAUUCUUGCUCAGCCAAGCCAGCCCUCAGCCUUACUGGCUAGACUUCUGACACAUUAUAAUUGCCUGCUCCUGUGCUCUUAAAAGGAGGCCCCUUAAAAAGUGAGCAGCUUUUAUGUACCCCACUGUCCUCUAAAGCAGAUUCCCAGGGGACCUAACUGCUUCCCUGCAGCCUAAAGUCUGCUCUCCCCAGGUCCAGGGCAGUAGCUUUACUUAGUUUUUCUCCUAUCACUAGGAUUUUAAACUCAGCUAUUUCAUGAUCAUGAUGGUCAAGACAGCCACCCCAGAGACCAUGUCUAUUUACAACCAACCAUCUCUUUUUACAAACAACUCCAACUUGAGUUCUUCAGGGAAGAAAAGAGGCCUUUGGGGACUUCUUCCUCUGGUGAAGCAGAGCACAAGAUCUUUAAAGGAACAGAUAAAAUCUGUGGAUUCCUAGUUUAAAGCUUACUGGCAAUCAGAGCCAUAACUAAUACCCAUAUGUUUUGACUUGCAGCAUCAAGGAAGCACAAAUUCUUUGAACCAGCUUUGAAAAUGCAUUCUCAAAUAGUCACCCCAAAGUAUUUGUGUGUAACAAAUCCUCUGUAAAGAAGAGUAGACUGCUUAUGACAGUGCUGUAUUUCUUGAUGUGCAGUCAGGAAAGUUCUUGUUAAGCCUAAAUUUUUUGUAGACUGGACAUUAUGGGCACAUUAAGCUCAGGGAUUUGAACACAAAUAAGGUUCUCAGUAACCUGAGCUGGUUCCACAAGAUGUCUUCAUUUUCAAGCUUCAGGUAGAGUUUAGGGUAACCCUUGGUAUGCCUUGCUUUAGGCUGUGGCAGCUGUUUAAGAAUGAAGACAGUUGGGUCCUGUCCUUUGAAGCUGCCCAGGGGUCUCAGGCAAAGGUAGAUGUUUCCUUAGGCUAGGACUUUUGCCCCUUCCCAUUGCUAAAAGAGGGUAUCUGGCAUUGUGAAACACAGUAUGUGUCCCUCCACCCAUUUUUACUUCUGCCCCUUAUUUCCCCCACUGCACCUUUCCUGUUUCUUCCUCUAGUGGCAAUGGAAUGGCAGAGCCAGCUGGGAAAUGCUCACAGGCUAAGGGAAGCUGAGGGCCGGCACAUGGAAAGAGGGUCUGCUCACUGUCUUCUACCUUCCAAAUGCUUCCAACCAACUUUCUUGCCAUAUCAAACGAGAGCAAGCAGUGUCCUUCCUCCCAAUGCAUUGUGUGUAAAUCGUGGUGGGAAAGGGGCUCUGGAGGCCUUUGGACCAGGCUGCUGCUGGAAGUGGCAGUGUUACCAGCACGAGGUCAGAGCAGCUGUGGCUUUGUCUGUUCACAUAUUGAAAACCCACAAGUAAAAUUUAAAUAUAAAA